AUGUCCAAUUCUCUCGAAACUGAAAUCAUGCCCGCGCCGCCGCCGCCGCCUGGGAAGCAGGGCAGCAAUCUAUACCACAAACUAGAGAAGUUAGAGGAAGCAAAGUGGGUUAAGGGGGAUGAUGAAGACGCCGCACCAGCUUACGCGCCACACAGUCCAUCUCCCCCUCCCGAAGCGCGUGCGGGAGAAGGUCAAGGGGAAGGUGAGCGAGAGCGGGAGAUGGAGCAGAAGCAGAAGCAGCAGCAGCGAGAAGGGGAACAAGGAGAAGCGAUGCCAUACAACGCCAGCGCUGUGAUGCCGCAAGCGUAUCCGGCGCGAUAUACCAAACCGAGCACAUCGCUAGCUCCGCAUGUGAAGAAGAGCGCGCGCAAGCAAACUCAAACUAACGCGCACACUCUCAACAACAAUCAUGAGUGGUGUGACGCGUGUGGAGGUGAAGGGCGCGUUAUCAUGUGCGAUGGUUGCGACAGCUCCUUCCAUGCUAGCUGCUUCGAUCCUCCGAUGGAUAUGGGCGAGGUGGAACUAGGCGAAGAUGCAGCGUGGUAUUGCCGCACUUGUGCACAUGCCAAAAGUCAAUCUCACCCUCACUCCAACUCCAACUCCACCCAGCCAUCCCAUUGGGUUGGCCAGCUUUGCCAUGCGCGCGAUACAUCCAACCCUACGUCAUUCAGUCUACCGGUGGGUAUACGCAACUAUUUCGUCGGCGUCGAAACAGCCCAUGAUGGGUCUUACUCCACUUCGAACGACUCGAAACCGGUGAAAACGGAUCGUUUCGGCGCAGCGCUGACGGAACGCGAAGCAUACCCAACGCGAGACAAGAAUGGUGGGGUAGUGAGGUGUUACAGGUGUCAAGGCACAGCAGCGCCAGCGUUGAGUGAGAGUGGGGAUGUUGAGAGUGGCGGGAGUGUUAAUAGCAAUAGCAAAAGCAAUAGCAAAGACACCCCCAAUAAUACCAGCAAACACAACACUCACCCACUCAUCACCACACCAUCUUCUACAAACGCAGCACACACGCAAUGGCGUAAAAUGGUCAGCUGCGAUUACUGCAACUGCUACUGGCAUCUCGAUUGCCUUUCGCCACCUAUCACUCACAUACCGUCGCUCGCUCGUAUGUGGAUGUGCCCUUUGCAUGCCGAACAUGCAAAAUCGAUGCAUAUGGAGAUGAAAAACAGAAUACCGAAGGAGCACGUAAAAGAGGUAAACAAGAAGUUGGAGAGAAGUGAUAGCGUUACUUUUAUAGGCAAUAAAAGUAAACGCUCGAAAAAGUUGGAUGACCGGCUUGAUAAGGAGAAGUUUCACAUACCGGAAAGGUCGAUACAGCUGGCAUUUUGGGAUAAGCUUUAUGACAAGAGUGGGAGAAGGUCUAGACUGAGCUACUCGAAAUCAUUCUUGGAUGAUGAACCAACUAUCAACGCAGUAGAUGGACUGAUGGCGUUAUCGAAGCCUACAGCGAGCGAGACACGGAAAUUAGUGAGACGGGUAAUGACGGGGAGAAGGGCGACAUUGAAGGAGGAAAAGAAGAGGAACCAAGAGGAGACAAAGAAAGAGAUGAAUACGAUGAACAUGCCUAAUGCGACGAAUACGACGAAUAAGAUGAAUAACAAAGAAAGGGAAAGAGAGGGAGAAGGACAAGAGAUAUCAGAUAGUAGCUCACUCAGUUCAGUGCCGAUGAGUGAUGAUGAAAAAGAAAAGCCACCUCACUAUGUGGAUCAUGCUCGGUAUAACAAGCUGAGUACGAUAGAGAGGCUUUUGCAUUUAAAAGGGGAGAAGGAGACAAUAGAGUUUUUAAGUCAGUGA